AUGUACGUAGACCAUCCUUCUUCGUCCAUUGAGGACGAGCGAGAGUCCACAACGUCCGAAGCCGAUCCUUCUCUGAACAUUGUUCACUGGCGCCAGUCGACAAUGUUCGAAGACAACCCUUCUUCGAACAUUGUGACUGGUAUCAGUGCUCACUUUUCGAAGACCGUCCUUCUUCGACCCUUUUUCUCUGGGGCCAGACGAGCGAGAGUCCACAACGUCCGAAGCCGAUCCUUCUCUGAACAUUGUUCACUGGCGCCAGUCGACAAUGUUCGAAGACAACCCUUCUUCGAACAUUGUGCCUGGUAUCAGUGCUCACUUUUCGAAGACCGUCCUUCUUCGACCCUUUUUCUCUGGGGCCAGUCCACAAUGUACGUAGACCAGCCUUCUUCGUCCAUUGAGGACGAGCGAGAGUCCACAACGUCCGAAGCCGAUCCUUCUCUGAACAUUGUUCACUGGCGCCAGUCGACAAUGUUCGAAGACAACCCUUCUUCGAACAUUGUGACUGGUAUCAGUGCUCAGAAGACCGUCCUUCUUCGACCCUUUUCUCUGGGGCCAGUCCACAAUGUACUGCUCACUUUUCGAAGACCGUCCUUCUUCGACCCUUUUCUCUGGGGCCAGUCCACAAUGUACGUAGACCAGCCUUCUUCGUCCAUUGAGGACGGCGCGAAAUCCACAACGUCCGAAGCCGAUCCUUCUCUGAACAUUUGCUCAAAGACCGUCCUGUUCUUCGACCCUUUUCUCUGGGGCCAGUCCACAAUGUACGUCCAGCCUUUUCGUCCAUUGAGGACGAGCGAGAGUCCUUCGUCCGAAGCCGAUCCUUCUUUGUUCACUGGCGCCAGUCGACAAUUGCUCACUUUUCGAAGACCGUCCUUCUUCGACCCUUUUUCUCUGGGGCCAGUCCACAAUGUACGUAGACAUCCUUCUUCGUCCAUUGAGGACGAGCGAGAGUCCCCAACGUCCGAAGCCGAUCCUUCUCUGAACAUUGUUCACUGGCGCCAGUCGACAAUGUUCGAAGACAACCCUUCUUCGAACAUUACCAUCCUUCUUCGUCCAUUGAGGACGAGCGAGAGUCCACAACGUCCGAAGCCCUUCUCUGAUCCUUCUCUGAACAUUGUUCACUGGCGCCACCCUUUUCCUCUGUCGACAAUGUUCGAAGACAACCCUUCUUCGAACAUUACCGUCCUUCUUCGACCCUUUUUUCUCUGGGGCCAGUCCACAAUGUACGUAGACCAUCCUUCUUCGUCCAUUGAGGACGAGCGAGAGUCCACAACGUCCGAAGCCGAUCCUUCUCUGAACAUUGUUCACUGGCGCCAGUCGACAAUGUUCGAAGACAACCCUUCUUCGAACAUUGUGACUGGUAUCAGUGCUCACUUUUCGAAGACCGUCCUUCUUCGACCCCUUUUUCUCUGGGGCCAGUCCACAAUGUACGUAGACCAGCCUUCUUCGUCCAUUGAGGACGAGCGAGAGUCCACAACGUCCGAAGCCGAUCCUUCUCUGAACAUUUGCUCACUUUUCGAAGACCGUCCUUCUUCGACCCUUUUUCUCUGGGGCCAGUCCGCAAUGUACGUAGACCAUCCUUCUUCGUCCAUUGAGGACGAGCGAGAGUCCACAACGUCCGAAGCCGAUCCUUCUCUGAACAUUGUUCACUGGCGCCAGUCGACAAUGUUCGAAGACAACCUUCUUCGAACAUUGACGAGCGAAAUCCACAACGUCCGAAGCCGAUCCUUCUCUGAACAUUGUUCACUGGCGCCAGUCGACAAUGUUCGAAGACAACCCUUCUUCGAACAUUGUGACUGGUAUCAGUGCUCACUUUUCGAAGACCGUCCUUCUUCGACCCUUUUUCUCUGGGGCCAGUCCACAAUGUACGUAGACCAGCCUUCUUCGUCCAUUGAGGACGAGCGAGAGUCCACAACGUCCGAAGCCGAUCCUUCUCUGAACAUUGUUCACUGGCGCCAGUCGACAAUGUUCGAAGACAACCCUUCUUCGAACAUUGUGACUGGUAUCAGUGCUCACUUUUCGAAGACCGUCCUUCUUCGACCCUUUUUUCUCUGGGGCCAGUCCACAAUGUACGUAGACCAGCCUUCUUCGUCCAUUGAGGACGAGCCCCCAACGUCCGAAGCCGAUCCUUCUCUGGUUCACUGGCGCCAGUCGACAAUCGAAGACAAUGAACAUUGUGACUGGUAUCAUGCUCACUUUUCUCCUCUUCGUCCAUUCCACAAUGUACGUACGAGUCCAUUGAGGACGAGCGAAGUCCACAACGUCCGAAGCCGAUCCUUCUCUGAACAUUUGCUCACUUUUCGAAGACCGUCCUUCUUCGACCCUUUUCUCUGGGGCCAGUCCACAAUGUACGUAGACCAUCCUUCUUCGUCCAUUGAGGACGAGCGAGAGUCCACAACGUCCGAAGCCGAUCCUUCUCUGAACAUUGUUCACUGGCGCCAGUCGACAAUGUUCGAAGACAACCCUUCUUCGAACAUUGUGACUGGUAUCAGUGCUCACUUUUCGAAGACCGUCCUUCUUCGACCCUUUUCUCUGGGGCCAGUCCACAAUGUACUGCUCACUUUUCGAAGACCGUCCUUCUUCGACCCUUUUCUCUGGGGCCAGUCCACAAUGUACGUAGACCAUCCUUCUUCGUCCAUUGAGGACGAGCGAGAAUCCAACGUCCGAAGCAUUGUUCACGUCCGAAGACCGAUCCUUCUUCUGAACAUUGUUCACUGGCGCCACCCUUUUCUCUGUCGACAAUGUUCUUCGAACGAGCAACCCUUCUUCGAACAUUGUUCACUGGCGCCACUGGUUCGAUCAGAACAUUGCUCACUUUUUCGAAGACCGUCCUUCUUCGACCCUUUUUCUCUGGGGCCAGUCCACAAUUGCUCACUUUUCGAAGACCGUCCUUCUUCGACCCUUUUUCUCUGGGGCCAGUCCACAAUGUACGUAGACCAUCCUUCUUCGUCCAUUGAGGACGAGCGAGAAUCCACAACGUCCGAAGCCGAUCCUUCUCUGAACAUUGUUCACUGGCGCCAGUCGACAAUGUUCGAAGACAACCCUUCUUCGAACAUUGUGCCUGGUAUCAGUGCUCACUUUUUCGAAGACCGUCCUUCUUCGACCCUUUUUCUCUGGGGCCAGUCCACAAUGUACGUAGACCAUCCUUCUUCGUCCAUUGAGGACGAGCGAGAGUCCACAACGUCCGAAGCCGAUCCUUCUCUGAACAUUGUUCACUGGCGCCAGUCGACAAUGUUCGAAGACAACCCUUCUUCGAACAUUGUGACUGGUAUCAGGUAUCAAGUCUCACUUUUCGAAGACCGUCCUUCUUCGACCCUUUUUCUCUGGGGCCAGUCCGCAAUGUGUAGACCAUCCUUCUUCGUCCGUUGA